CCUUCUCCGAGCCCUAGAAUUGCUACGAUGAGGGGUCUGAUCUCCGGCGCGAGGAGGCUAUGGACUCCGUCGUUGAUGGCGGCGAAGGCGAACGCCACGGCGCGAAGAAGCUACAGUCUGAUUCCGAUGGUGAUAGAGCACUCUUCGCGAGGCGAGAGAGCAUACGAUAUCUUCUCUCGGCUGCUCAAGGAGCGUAUAAUCUGCAUCAAUGGCCCCAUCAAUGAAGACACGUCUCACGUCGUCGUUGCUCAGCUUCUCUUCCUGGAGUCCGAGAACCCUUCUAAGCCUAUCUAUAUGUACCUCAAUUCGCCCGGUGGCCAUGUCACUGCAGGUCUUGCAAUUUAUGAUACUAUGCAGUACAUUCAAUCCCCGAUCAACACCAUUUGUUUAGGCCAGGCUGCAUCCAUGGCUUCUCUCCUCCUGGCAGCAGGUGCCACGGGCCAUAGACGGUCACUCCCCAAUGCGAGCGUUAUGAUUCAUCAGCCUUCGGGGGGAUACAAUGGGCAGGCUAAGGAUAUGAUGAUUCACACUAAGCAGAUUGUUCGCGUUUGGGACACACUAAACGAAUUGUAUGCAAAGCACACGGGGCAAUCCAUAGAGGUGAUUCAGAAGAACAUGGAUAGGGAUUAUUUCAUGACGCCUGAAGAGGCGAAGGCUUUUGGAAUAAUCGAUGAAGUGAUCGAUAAAAGACCAAUGGAGUUGGUGAGGGACGCCGUCGGGAAUGACGGCAAAGACAAAAGUUCAAGCUAGACAGGCAGAUAGACAUGGUAACCAUAGUAAUAAAGUUUCUUCAUUGUUGAGUUAGAUCUCUGCAAACAUGCACUUUAUGCUAUUUUCUGAAACA